GUCGUGUUGCAGUGAAAAAUCACUUGUAAAUUGUUGUGUCAUUAAUUGAGCAAAGACAAAAAACAAACAAAAAGUCGACACAGUGCGCUGAUUGUUGUGCUCAAAUUAAAAGGGCGACAAAUUUUCAUUUUUGUUUAUUUCGGUUGCGGUGUUAUUUUCGAUCGCCUGACAAUCUCCAAAUCGCCUUUAAACCUUAAAACUCGGGCCAAUAAUUCCAGUCGCCAAAUCGGACAUAUGUAUAUCCACUAUCCACACAUUUCGCGAGAUCCAAUCUGGCGAGAGAACCCAGAAAAGGAAACAAUUGUAUUCUGAGUCUGAGAGAUCGAACAUGGACCUAAAAAUGGAGCUGGGAGGUUACAUGCAAUCCGGGCCCAACACGAAGCGAUUUGUUGUAGAGGAUUCGAUUACCAAGGUGACUUCCGAUGGAGAGCCGCACGGAAUGAUGACAAUGGUGGCCGGAUUGUCCGGACUCUUGGCGGCCAUCAUCAUUCUGGCCGUGCUCGUGUCCAUGGUGGCAUGUCGCAAGCAGCGCAGCAACAACAACCGGAAGAGCAACGCCUCUACCAAUGUGGCCAUGACCAGUGUUCCGCAGGAUCAGCCGCAGUUGGCCGGAAACUUGAACGCCGCGUUCGCGGAGAGCACUCUGACCUUGGAUCAGGUCAAGGUGACGGAUAAGGAGGUCCAGUGGCGGCCCACUUCCGUGGUGGUGCAGCGGUAUUAGCCCCAAAGGCGUAUCCCCCAACCACGGACUACUGGAAGGGCACGUGAUGUUUUUUGUGAACGUUUGAGACUGAGACUUAGCCUAAGGAUUUCCAUCACCAUCUUUUAUCGUAUAUGGUACUCUUUUUUUUGCUUUUUAAAAUAUGUUAAAUAUAUAUACAUAUAUUAUUAUAGGAAUAAGUGUAAACUGUUUUAAUGGAGUUGGAAAUAUUAAAAUAGUGACAUGAUUGGCUUACUUGACUUACUUCGAAAUAAGAUCGUCAUUAUUUAAAUUAAAUCGCGGCAAGCUUCAAAAAGCUGACCCAGCCAGGUACCUAUCAACUAUCCGCCUCAAGUUAGUUAAGUUAGUUUAAAUUAAUUUGAAAUUAACAAAUUAAACUUUUUUAAAAACCGAUUGUUACCGAAGCCAAUAUAAUUGAGUAGAGCAAAAA